AUGAAAGACGCCGGCGAUCAGAACCCCGCGCCUUUAAUGGCAGCGUGGAACACAGAUUCCCAAGUCCACCUCAUCAUUGGAUCCAAUUCCCUCGCUGGUGCACGAUGCGCCAAGAGUAUCGAAGUCGGCGCAAAGCCGAUCAUCAUUGCCCCGGAGACCGCGGACAUGCAUUUUACUCUGUCGCAACACAUCGCAAACGGCUCUGCUCAAUGGGUCAACCGUGAAUUCCAAGAUACGGACUUGAGGGUCCUCGGUAGGGAGGAAGUGGACCAUGUGGUGGACUUGGUCUUUGUCACUGUGGGCGCAAGUAACCCAUUGAGUGCGCACGUCUCAAAACUCUGCAAGCGAUUGAGAAUCCCUGUCAAUGUGUCAGAUGCCCCCGACCUCUGCUCGUUCACACUUCUCUCCACAUACAGUGAUGGCCCAUUGCACAUUGGCAUUACAACCUCAGGCCGAGGCUGCAAGCUGGCUUCUCGCUUGCGCAGAGAAAUUGCCGCGUUUUUACCGCAGCAUCUUGGAUCUGCUAUUGACAGAUUAGGUGCUGUGCGGAAGCGACUGUGGGAAGAGGACCAGGCGGCCGAAUCAGGCGAGGCCGCAUUCGACGCAGAGGACGAUGACACCACCGGCCAAAAGCACACUUUCAACAACCUAAUCACAGAAGGCGACGCAGCCGCCGCAAAGACCAGGCGGAUCCGCUGGUUAUCCCAGAUCUGCGAAUACUGGCCUCUUCGGAAGCUGGUCUCCAUCACCGACGCAGACAUGGAAUCCAUCCUGAAUGCCUACACAGCAACCAAAAACCCUACCAACGACACCAACGGCGUUGAACCGGCCAAACAGGGCAAGAUUGUACUUGCAGGUUCCGGUCCCGGCCACCCAGACCUCCUCACCCGCGCAACCUACCACGCAAUCCACAAUGCGGAUCUCAUUCUCGCAGACAAGCUUGUCCCAGCCCCAGUCCUGGAUCUCAUCCCCCGCCGCACAGAAGUCCACAUUGCCCGCAAAUUCCCCGGCAACGCAGACCAGGCCCAGGAAGAAUUCCUCCAAAUGGGCCUCGCAGCCCUCCAACAAGGCCGCCAAGUCCUCCGUCUCAAGCAAGGCGAUCCAUACCUCUACGGACGCGGUGCGGAAGAGUUUGAAUUCUUCAGAAACGAAGGCUAUUCGCCAGUAGUGCUACCGGGCAUCACCAGCGCCAUGAGUGCGUCUCUUUUCGCAGACAUCCCCGCUACCCACCGCGGCGUCUCUGAUCAGGUCCUCAUCUGUACCGGAACCGGUAGGAAGGGCGCUGCACCUAACCCCCCCACCUACGUGCCCACACAAACAGUUGUCUUCCUGAUGGCCCUCCACAGACUCUCUGCUCUGAUUGAUUCCCUCACCACUUUCCCUGAAGGAAGUGAGCAAUCGCGCACCCUCUGGCCUAAGGAGACUCCCUGUGCCAUUGUCGAGCGGGCUUCGUGUCCCGAUCAGCGCGUCAUUCGCUCCACCUUGGAACACGUCUGCCUUGCCUUUGAGGAGGCGGGAUCCCGCCCACCUGGUCUGCUUGUUGUUGGAGCCAGCUGCCACGUCCUGCAUAAUCCUCAGGGCCAACGGUGGGCAAUUGAAGAAGGCUUCCAUGCCUUGGAUGGACUGCAUGGUGAAUUGGAGGUGGUUGCCGACUUGGAGAAGGCGUGA